AUGUCUACGCAAUCAUUCCCUCAAUUCCCCAAGCUCCCCCAGGAGCUUCGAGACCAAAUCUGGAGCGACGCCGUCCGCCCCAUCAGCCCAGAUCACGCCGGCGUCCACUUCUUCACCGUCUUCAACCCUGUACAUUCCGACGAAAAGUUCAGAGACCAUCUUGUCGUUCAGCAGGCGGAUUACUAUUCGAAUCGCAGCAAUUUCCCCCUUAUACUUAGCGCACCGACAUCGAAAAACGACACAUCGCUGCCGUCGUGGAAUGUUGGUAACCCAUCCACAUACGCUGCCGACUUUGGUCUCUGGACCGCCUGUAGAGACUCCUACAAGGCCAUCUACAAGGGAUACGACCGGCUCAGACAGGACUCAAUUCAGAAAAUCAACCGCCCUAGAGCCUUUUCUACCUGGCACUCGCACGGAGAAGACCGCAAGGACUUCCCUGUGACGUUCUCUGCGGCAAAUGGUGACGGCAGCCCUGUACACCUGACGGUUCUCCCGCUGCGCGACCUCUUUGUGCUCCGACGUUUCGAGGAUUUCGAGGACGUAGGCAUUCUUUCCUCUACUUUGCAGAACGCGCCCUUCGACUCCCCGAAAUUUGGAUACAAUGGGGUCACUCACGUUGCGGUCGAGUUCGAUCCACAAUGGAGUGUGGAAGGGGUUAAACAGUGCAGGAACAACGCCAAAAUUACGAACACGGAGUAUCGAGCGUAUCGGGAAAUCUCACAGGCCAUCUGGUGCCUAGGAAGGUCGUUCUUGUACCUGUGGGUGGUGGACUACAGGUUACGCUUGAAGGCUUGUGUGUCUGACCCGGAGAAACGAGCCAUACUUUGGAACUCGGAUUCCGAAGAGCAGUUCGUCUUCGAGGGCCAAGGGUGCAAGUACUACGCUGUGCCGAGAGAAAAUCCCCAGGACUACUGUGAAUAUCGCGACGGCCUUGAACCGUCAAAUCCCGUGUGGACAGUCAAUGGCGCAUUGGACGGAUCAGAUGCUGUGUUCGGCGAUUAUUUUCAUAUUUCAUACCUAUACGGCGAAAGCUCUCUGCCGUCCUACGAGAAGAUCGGGAUUUUGGUUUGCGAAUAUGACUGA